GGCGUCCAGCCUGCAUGGUCAAAGACAUAGACUAGGACUGGCUGACGAUAAACGGGACGACGUUUUUCUUGACUUGACUUUUGACAGAGGACGAACAAUCGACGGUAAUUUUCUCAUGAAAUUGUAAAGUUUUAUAUAUUGGUUUUAAGACAAUAAACCAGUCCGACGAAGCCCUGACUUUUUCUUAACCGUCACGACGACGACGGUUCAAGUGGUCCUUCGAGCAUAAACAGAAUCAAAAUAUGGAAACACGCAGUAAGUCAAGGGCCGCGGCUAUGACUACGACGGCAGCCGUUCCAGACAAGGAUGGGCACGACGACAGACAGUCCAUUCGGAACAGCCGCCCGCCUUCGCCGAGCCCGUCCGCCCGCUCUACCACGAGCACUGCGUCGACUGUGAGACGACAACGACUACUACAGAUAGAGCUUGAAGCCGCGGAGGAACGAGCCGCUAUCGCCAAUCGCUUGCUGGAGGAAAAGCUAGCUAUACAGAGGCAGGCGCUGCAAGACGAAGAGUACCUCGCGUGCAAUCUAUCUCGUGCCCAGUCACGCACUUCUUUGACGGCAACAAGAACCAGAGGUACCCAGACUUUUCAUACCGAUUCUAAUCACGUCGAGCGUCAUCAUUCACCCACGCCAGUUAUGCCACAUCAUUCUACCUUUCAUACAAGUCGCCUAGAGGAGAAAAUGACUAAGCUGUUGGCAAGACAGACAUGCUCCACGGAGCUGCCACAGUUCUCAGGCGACCCAGAAGAAUGGCCACUGUUUUACAGUAAGUUCAUUUCGACCACCCGACUCUGCGACUACUCGGAUGAUGAAAAUAUUGCCAGACUUUCAAGGUGUUUGAAGGGGAGUGCACGCGAGUCGGUGUCCGCUUUACUCAUUAGCGCUACUAAUUUGGACAAAAUUAUUAAGACACUGAAAAUUCGAUUUGGUAGACCGGAAUACAUCAUAGAGAACAUGUUGACAAAAAUAACUCAAACCAAAUUCAUACGUCAUGAUGACAUAAAUCACCUCAUCGAGUUCGCUACCAUAGUACAGAACGUCGUUGCAACUAUGCACGCUACCAAGGAGACUGGCCACCUGACAAAUCCGCUACUUAUGAAAGAGGUUGUUAAUAAGCUGCCAUCCAACCUCCGCUACCAGUGGUCAUUUCACGUAGCCAACAAUAUGCAAAGCUCGGUAUUGACCCUGAAUGAGCUAUCGGAAUGGCUAAUGGACGUAGCGAACGCGGCAACCAUUGUAGCGCCGACGCGUGCGACGACAGAAAAUAGACCGAAGGUACAUUACGACAAGAAAUGCGUUUUGACGACGACGCCGGUAUCAACACCUACUAGUACGUGUGUCAGAUGUAAAGGCAAGCACACAUUGAACGAUUGCGCCGAAUUUAAGCGUCUUCCGAUUGAUGACCGGUGGAGCUUCGUGACUGAACAGAAGCUUUGUUUUUCGUGCCUGUCAGNGAGAUUUAAACAACAUACUCGUAGUUCUAUGCAGAACAAGCUAGCCGUUCUCUCCGUUCUGCAUCUAACGCGAAGAGGCACUGAAGUAGACGAAUUUAUCGCUGGCCCCGCGCUGAGUGACGUGCCGAGUUUGCUCAGCGACUACCCGCUGGCAAUUUAUCGGCGCACGACCGGCAUGCUGCUUUGUUUUAAUGCGUUACAAACAUGUAAUGUGGGAAGUAACUAUAAUAUGUAG